AUGGUAAUCGGAGCGGCCGCGCGUGUAGCUAUCGACGGUUGCCGAAGAAUUGUCUCGUCACAUGCUUCCCUCGUCUCUUCUCAGUGUCGCCAGAUGAGUAUGGACGCACGAAGCGUUUCCGAAAAGCUCAGGAGCUCCGGUCUUUUACGAACGCAAGGUCUAAUAGGAGGAAAGUGGAUUGAUUCGUAUGACAAGACGACAAUCAAGGUUAACAAUCCAGCAACCGGUGAACUUGUAGCUGAUGUUGCUCGUAUGGGAGUCAAAGAGACGAAUGAUGCUAUUGCAUCCUCUUACGAAGCAUUUCCGUCUUGGAGCAAAUUGACUGCUGGAGAGAGAAGCAAAGUUUUGCGGAGAUGGUAUGACCUCCUGAUUGCACACAAGGAAGAACUUGGACAACUUAUAACUUUGGAACAAGGAAAACCACUAAAGGAGGCUAUAGGAGAGGUCGCAUAUGGGGCAAGUUUUAUCGAGUACUAUGCAGAGGAGGCAAAGCGUAUAUAUGGUGAUAUAAUUCCUCCUAAUUUGUCUGAUCGCCGGUUGUUGGUUCUAAAACAGCCUAUUGGUGUUGUUGGCGCAAUUACCCCUUGGAACUUUCCCUUAGCCAUGAUUACUCGGAAGGUUGGCCCUGCUCUUGCUUCUGGAUGCACAGUGGUUGUUAAACCAUCUGAACUUACGCCCCUAACAGCACUUGCUGCCGCUGAACUUGCACUUCAAGCUGGAGUUCCGCCGGGUGCACUUAAUGUGGUCAUGGGAAAUGCUCCUGAAAUUGGGGAUGCUUUGCUUUCGAGUCCACAGGUGAGGAAAAUCACUUUCACAGGAUCAACAGCAGUUGGGAAGAAGUUGAUGGCAGCUGCUGCACCUACUGUCAAAAAGGUUUCUCUAGAACUUGGCGGCAAUGCACCCUCCAUAAUAUUUGAUGAUGCAGACCUGGGUGUAGCAGUAAAAGGAACGCUUGCAGCAAAAUUUAGGAAUAGUGGUCAGACAUGUGUUUGUGCGAACAGAGUACUUGUGCAAGAUGGUAUCUAUGAUAAAUUUGCUGAGGCUUUCUCUGAAGCUGUUCAAAAAUUAGAAGUAGGUGAUGGCUUUAAGGAGGGAACAACCCAGGGUCCACUUAUAAACGAUGCAGCAGUGCAAAAGGUAGAGUCAUUUGUCCAAGAUGCUGUUUCCAAGGGAGCAAAAAUCAUUCUCGGCGGCAAAAGGCACAGUCUAGGGAUGACUUUCUACGAGCCUACUAUUAUCCGUGAUGUUAAGGAUAACAUGCUCAUUUCUAAGGAGGAGAUUUUCGGACCCGUAGCUCCCCUUAUUCGGUUCAAAACGGAGGAGGACGCUAUCAGACUCGCUAAUGAUACAAUUGCAGGACUUGCUGCUUAUAUAUUCACAAACAGUGUUCAACGAUCAUGGCGUGUCUCGGAAGCACUUGAAUACGGACUUGUAGGGGUGAAUGAAGGACUCAUAUCAACAGAGGUGGCUCCAUUCGGGGGAGUGAAGCAGUCUGGUCUUGGAAGGGAAGGAUCCAAGUAUGGUAUGGACGAAUACCUUGAGAUCAAAUACGUAUGCUUGGGAGAUAUGAACAGACAGUGA